GGCUUCGACCUCCACACCCCGGGCCGGCCCCGAUCCCAGCACCAUGUCGGCCACGUUCCGCAAGGCCGCCAAGACUAGACAGCGCGAGCAUCGCGAGCGGGGACAGCUCGGGUCCCGGAAGCGCCUGGGGCUGCUGGAGAAGAAAAAGGAUUACAAGCUCCGUGCCAAUGACUAUCACAAGAAGCAGGAUGUGCUCCGAGCCCUCCGCAAGAAGGCGCUGGACAAGAAUCCCGAUGAAUUCUACUUCAAGAUGACCCGCGUGAAGCUCGAGGAUGGAGUUCACGUGAUAAAGCAGCCGAAGGAAGAGGUGACCCCAGAACAGAUGAAGGUGAUGAAGACGCAGGAUCUGAAAUACGUGGAAAUGAAAAGAGUGGCAGAAGCCAAGAAAAUCGAAAGGCUGAAAUCAGAGCUCCACCUGCUGGAUGCUGAGGGGAAGCAGCCCAACAAACACACGUUCUUCCUGGAUACCAAAAAAGAAGUUAAAGAGUUUGAUGUCGCCUCCCACCUGAACACUGUCCCCGAGCUUGUAGACAGAGUGUACAACCGCCCCACCAUUGACACGCUGCAAAAGGAAGCAGUAAAAGGAGCCACUAAUUCUGCCCAUUUAAAGAAACUAGCCCAGAAGCGGAGCAGUCAGUACAACCUCCUGAAGCAACGCAUCGAGCGAGAAAAGCAGCUAUUUGUCAUUGCCCAGAAAAUCCAGACACGCAAAGAUCUCCUGGACAAAACCCACAAAGUGAAGGUGAAGAAGGAGACGGUGAAUGGCCCCGCGGUGUACAAGUUCAGGUUCCAGCGCAAACGCUAGUGCUUCGGGGGAAGGGUUAACGGAAAGAGCCGUCCUGGUUUGGAGCUAAAUGAAGUCGUCAGGAGCCUGCUUCUCCUCAGGAGAUGCACUGGUAUCUCAGCAGCAUCGGAUUUAUUUUCACGGCUGUCUAACGCUCUGUCAGAGUAAGCCCUGUGGGCCUCUUGUAACCAUAACACAUUUUAUUUAAUAAACGUAAGAAGAUUCAUGCUUCA